AUGCCCGAGCUCACUACGUUCCCCGCCCAGCAGGCUGACCUCACCGUCCUCCUCCUCGGAGCGGGUGGCCGUGAGCACGCUCUUGCGUUCAAGCUCGCCCAGUCCAGCCGCGUCAAGCGCGUCCUCAUCGCGCCCGGCAACGGUGGCACUGCCCUCAUCGGCGGCAAAUGCCAAAACGUCGCCGUCCCAUGGGGCGGUAAGGCUGGCUACGCUGGCGUCGUUCAGUACGCGCAGGAGCAGGGCGUCGACCUCGUCGUUCCCGGUCCCGAGCAGCCUCUUGUCGAUGGCGUCGAGGCCGAGUUCCGCAAGGCCGGCAUCGCUACCUUUGGCCCCUCGCCCGCCGCGGCCCUCCUCGAGGGCUCCAAGGCCCUCUCGAAGGGCUUCAUGGCUCGCCACAACAUCCCCACUGCCGCGUUCCGCAACUUUACUGCUGGUCAGUACGACGAGGCCGUCGCCUACAUCAAGUCGAACCCCUUCUCGUCCGGCCGCUGCGUGAUCAAGGCCUCGGGCCUUGCUGCUGGCAAGGGUGUGCUCAUCCCCGAGACCGAGGCUGAGGCCCUCGAGGCCCUCGCCCAGGUCAUGGUCGCCAAGGAGUUUGGUGACGCCGGCGACGAGGUCGUCAUCGAGGAGUACAUGGUCGGCCCCGAGAUCUCCGUUCUUGCAUUCUCGGACGGCUACACCAUUGUCCCCAUGCCCGCUGCCCAGGACCACAAGCGCAUCGGCGAGGGCGACACUGGCCUCAACACUGGCGGCAUGGGUGCCUACGCCCCGGCCCCCGUUGCCACCCCCGACAUCAUGGAGCGUGUCCUCAAGGAGUCGCUCCAGCCCACCAUCAAGGGUAUGCGCCAGGACGGCUUCCCCUUUGUCGGCAUGCUCUUCACCGGCUUUAUGAUCACCGCCGACGGCCCCAAGGUCCUCGAGUACAACGUUCGCUUCGGUGACCCCGAGACCCAGGCUCUCAUGCUCCUCCUCGACGACGAGACCGACCUUGCCGAGGUCAUGCUCGCCUCGUGCCAGGGCCGUCUCGACUCGGUCAAGCUUGGCUACCGCGAGGGCUACGCCGUCUCGGUCGUCUGCGCCUCGGAGGGCUACCCGGGCUCGUACCCCAAGGGUGUCCCCAUCACCGUUGGCGCCGUCCCCCAGGGCGUCCAGGUCUUCCACGCCGGUACCGUUGUCAAGGACGGCCAGACCGUCACUGACGGUGGCCGCGUUCUCGCCGUUGCCGCGAGCGCCCCUACCCUCCGUGCCGCCGUCGACCUCGCCUACCAGGGUGUUGACGCCGUCGAGUUCAAGGGCAAGACCAUCCGCCGUGACAUUGCCUACCGCGCUCUCUCGGCCGAGUCGACCGCUGCCCCCACCCAGGGCCUCACCUACGCUGCCGCUGGUGUCGAUGUCGACGCCGGUAACGCCCUUGUCGAGGCUAUCAAGCCCGUCGUUAAGGCUACCCGCCGCCCCGGUGCCAACGGCGAGAUUGGCGGUUUCGGCGGUGCCUUUGACCUCAAGUCGGCCGGCUUCCGUGACCCCGUCCUCGUGUCGGGCACUGACGGUGUCGGAACCAAGCUCCGCGUCGCUCUCAGCCACGGCAAGCAUGACACUGUCGGUAUCGACCUUGUCGCCAUGAGCGUCAACGACCUCAUCGUCCAGGGUGCGGAGCCCCUCUACUUCCUCGACUACUAUGCGUGCUCCAAGCUCGACGUCCCCGUCGCUGCCGACGUCAUCACCGGUAUCGCCCAGGGCUGUCUCGAGUCUGGCUGUGCCCUCAUUGGUGGUGAGACCGCCGAGAUGCCCGGCAUGUACCAUGCCGACGACUACGACCUCGCCGGUUUCGCCGUCGGUGCCGUCGAGCGCGACCAGAUGCUCCCCCGCAACGACAUGACCGCCGGUGACGUCCUCAUCGGUCUCCCCUCGACCGGUGUCCACUCGAACGGCUUCUCGCUCGUCCGCAAGGUCAUCACCCUUGCCGGUCUCGACCUCGCCUCGCCCGCCCCCUGGAACCCCGAGCUCUCCGUCGGCGACUCCCUCCUUACCCCUACCCGCCUGUACAUCAAGCAGCUCCUCCCCGGUAUCCGCACCUACCUCUUCAAGGCCAUGUCGCACAUCACCGGCGGUGGCUUCACCGAGAACAUUCCCCGUGUCUUUGUCGGCCAGCCCGAGCUCGGUGUCCGCAUCGACAUUGGCACCUGGACCCUGCCCCCCCUCUUCCAGUGGCUCGCCAAGACUGGCAACAUUGCCCCCUCCGAGAUGGCCCGUACCUUCAACUGCGGUGUCGGCAUGGUCAUCGUCGUCGGCAAGGACCAGGCCGCCGCCGCCCUCGAGUCGCUGCACACCAACGGCGAGCCCGGCGCCUUCGUCAUGGGUGAGGUCGUCGCCACCCCCGGUGUCGCGUACACCGACCUCGAGUCGUGGGCCUAA